GCAUUCUCUCGUCGGCAGAUGGCGGAUGUAGUUGACGCCCCCCGUCAGUCGCGCAUAGACAACUCACCGAGCGUAGUGUGAUUGCGAUUCGCUCAGCACCAUUUUGUGUGUAUCGUUUCGAACGGGACAUUGUGUGUAUGUGCUCCGUAAAUAAUCGAGUAUCACGAUCAUCCAAGUUUUCAAAUCGUGUUUAGUGUUUCACUUUCGACAUGUCCACAGAGGGAUCGAUGCGAUAUCUCGGGCGCCUGUAGAAACCGCGCCUCCGUCAUGAGCGAGUGAUCGUCGACGUAAAAAAAGUUAACACAGGAAACAUGUCUGGGCGGACCGCCGACGCGGAUGCGAACGAAGGGUUCCAGUUCGAAAUUCGAAAGCGGUCAUGUCAUCGCCUCUCGGAUUUCGUAUAAGUCACCGUCCAAUGUCAAAAUCGUGCACGUCCCGCGAGCGCCGACCCUCCGGAUCGUGCGGAAAAUGCAAUCGUUAGUAGUUUGGUGGGCGGUGGUGUCGGCCGCCUGGGCUUUGGCCGGCGCGUGCUCGAGCUCGAUAUCGAAGCGGCCAGCGAGGCCCGCGAGACCGCAGCGGCCGCAGCCCCAACCGCAGCCGCAGCCACGGCUCAACGUCACCUUCCCUACGUUCAAGUGUGCACCGGACUACUCGGAGUACUAUUGCCUGAACGGCGGUGUGUGUUUCACGGUGGUGAUUUCGGAAAGUCCGAUUUACAACUGCGAGUGCCGGAGUGGGUUCGUGGGGCCGCGGUGUGAGUUCAAGGACCUGGACGACUCGUAUGUGCUGACGAGUCGGCAGCUGAUGAUGGAGACCGCGUCGAUCGCCGGCGGCGCGACCGUGGCAGUGUUCCUGGCGAUUCUAGUCUGCUUCGGCGCGUAUGUGCGCCUGCAUCGGCGGGCGAAAGCGCCGCCUUACUCUGAGGAGCGCGGGCAGGUGCAGCUGGUGGCGGUGGCGGCGCCCCAGGGCCGCGUGCAGCUGUGUAGGGCGCCGCCCGCCACCCUCUAGUAGUGCUCUCACCCAGUGACUGUGCCUAUGGACCGAACUGUGCUCGCCACCGGACGAUGUGUCCUUUUGUUCAUAUUGUAGCUGUGUACAUAUAGAUAGUUUAUGUGUUAAGUUAUGUCGAGAGAACAGAUGAUAUAAGAAAAAUUUAUGUGAUAAUUAUUUUACGAAUCUUAUAAUUUAUUUCGAAGGAAUUUCUUUUGUAUAUACUGAUCGGAAACCCUCGGAACUUGUAAUUCUGCAGUGGAUGUUAAAUUUCAGUCUCCUCUCAGUGUUCAUUUUGUGAAUCUGUAUUAUUUUGUUUAUAUUCAGUGUAUAAUGGAUGUGUGAGAUAGUUGACCGUGUACCUAAUGCUACUCGCUUCAAGUAGAUCUGUUAUUAUGUUAUUGUUGUUGGUACUGUGUCGGAGACAGAUGCUGAGCUGCUCUAGGCGUAAGAGGCAAGUCCUUGAUUUAAAUAUUUUGAAAAAUAAAUAUCUAAAGCAAAGACAUGCCUCUGGUCUGCAAUUCAGGAGCUGCAUUAAGGCAGCAGCAUGUUGCCUGAUAUGUAUACUGCCUAUUGUUUGUUGUUGUACAGUUGUGGGACACCUCAGUUCUUCUGAGGGUGUCUAAUCACCUUGUCACUGUACUAUUUAGAUAAUUGAAUCUAUGUUAAUUGUAUUUAUUAGUAUUCCAUUCUAUAUCAAUAGAAUUGUGAUGAAUUAGUAUUGUGUGCGAGGCAGCGAGUAGCGCAGUUGGUUCCUAUAGCCGUUCCAGGCGUUAGCCUGCACAUUCCAUCAUGCGGAUAGAGAAUUUACUGGUGUCAGUAUUAUUUUGUAACACGAGUCUAAAGCCGGCAGCUUUACUUUAUUUUUUAAUUUAUACCUGUUAUCCCACUGGGGUAGUCUUGUAUUAUAUUUGUUUGAAGGCUGAAAAUGUUCCCUUGAAAAAAGGCUUUUUUUGUAAAUAUAGCCUGUGUAGGUAUUUAUUAGAUAUUUAUGAUCGUUUAUUUAUUGACUGCUUUAUUUAGUUAAUCUUGAUCUGUCGCAUCCAGCGCCUAACUUUGCGGUUAACGGUUGCAUUUUCAUUUCACCCUGCUAAGCAUCGCCUCGCGUAUAACUAUUCCAUAUGUAAUCUCAUUAUGAAUCUCCAUUGUGUUUGUAUCUUGUAAAAAUUGAAAUAUAACAUUGGAUGGUGAAAAAAUCGUUUCUUCAUAGUAUAUGCUGCCAGUGAACCGAACCAUAUUUUAACACUAGGUAUUGAAUAAAAUAUCGAGUACUGCGAGUCUCGCUUUAUAUCUCGUAUUAUAUAGGCAUAAUUUAAAUAUGUUAUAGACCUGAUCAACUAAGCUGUAUUGCGAAUAAUUGUAAUAUUUCAAAGCUCAUUUAGUUCUGUAUCCAUGGUCACUGUCAGUAUUAUACUGUGUGGAGGCACAAAAAAAUAGCAAACGUGUUAACAGGCUGUGACAUCACAGAUAUUUGACCAGGGGUUGCGGGUGGUGUAAUUUUAUUAUAGACCGUAUUGUACCAUUCCUAUGGCAUUUGACGUGUUGACGUAUGUGAUAGCGCCGCCUGCAGUUCUCUGGGUGCGUUCUAUUCCCACAGGUUUUGUAAAGAGAGUGUUGUAACUGUGACCACGCCGGUGUGAAGUCCCAUGUUGUAUAUUGAUUCAUAUGAGAUUGUUUAUAUGAACAUUCCAAAGUAUAUGUAAAAUAUUACCUACAUCGCUAAUAAUUUUGAACUAUCUGUUAAGAUGCUACAUUGUUAAUUAUACAGUUUUCUAUUGAUCAUUUGUUAAAAGAAAAUUAUACGAAACUAAAUCCUU